AUGACCGACUUCAAUCCCAUGGCCUCGGUCGACCUCGCCAUGAUCGAGGAGAGAAUGCGGGCCACCUCUCUCGACCAGUUGCGAGGCUAUGCCCAGCACAAUUACGGUGAGGUCAAGCAGUACAGGACUGUCGAGUACAUUCCGGAAUCACAGGCUCUUGCAUAUCAGGUCCUGCGGGAACCUAUUUGGAACAGAGGGCUGUCCUUCACGCCCGAGGAGCGUGUCUCCAAGAACCUCACCGGCUUAAUACCCCACGUCAUGGAGAGCCUUCAGACGCAGUGCGAGAGGGCCAUGAGGAUGAUCGCCACCCGCCAGACGAAUGUCGACAAAUACCUUUACCUAUCCAGCCUCAAAGACCAGAACAUCGACCUUUUCUUCCGCCUCCUGAUUGACAAUGUCAAGGACCUCAUGCCUCUUGUCUACACCCCUACCAUUGGCGAUGUCUGCCUUCAAUACUCUACCCUCUACACCCGCCCGGAGGCCCUCUACAUCUCCAUCAAGCAAAGACGGUCAAUCCGUACCAUGCUCCGGAAUUGGCCGUAUCCCAAUCCCGAGAUUUGUGUCGUGACGGACGGAUCGCGUAUUCUCGGACUCGGAGACCUUGGCAUCAACGGUGUCGGCAUUUCCAUCGGAAAGCUCUCCCUCUACACAGCCGCAGCUGGUAUCCACCCCUCCAAGACUCUUCCCAUCGUCUUGGACUCCGGUACCAACAACGAGAACAACCUCAAGGAUCCGUUCUACCUUGGACUUCGCCAGAAGAGGGCCCCGAUGACCGUGCAACAGGAGUUUAUGGAUGAGUUUAUGGAAGCCUGCGCCGAUGUUUUCCCCGAUAUGGUUGUGCAGUUCGAGGAUUUCGAGAGCGAGAAGGCCUUCAAUUAUCUCGCCAGGUAUCGGGACAAAUACAGGUGCUUUAAUGAUGACAUUCAGGGCACCGGUGCCGUCGUUCUGGGCGGCUACAUUGGCGCCGUGAACCUCUCCGGUGUCCCCAUUGAGGAGCAGCGCCUCGUCUUCAUGGGUGCCGGUUCUGCGGGUGUCGGAGUCGCCAAGCAGCUCGUCGAGUACUACACGCGCCGCGGCCUCAGCGAGAAGGCGGCGCGCGAGAAGUUCUGGCUUGUUGACACCAAGGGUCUUGUGACCAAGGACCGCGGCGAUAAGCUCGCCGAGCAUAAGAAGUACUUCGCCCGCGAUGACAAUAACGGCCACCAGUUCCGCACCCUGGAGGAGGUCAUUGAGUACGUCAAGCCCAGCGCCCUCGUGGGUCUCACGGCCACGUUUGGCGUCUUCACCGAGUCCGUCGUCCGCGCCCUCAAGGCCUCGGUCGAGUCCGGCGGUCUUGGCCGUCGCCCCAUCCUCUUCCCCCUCAGCAACCCCCUUACCAAGGCCGAGUGCACGUUCGAGCAGGCCGUACAAUGGACUGAUGGCACCGUCAUCUUCGCCUCGGGAUCGCCCUUCUCGGCGUUCAAGGCCAAGUUCGGUGACAACGUCGUGACCUACAACCCUAACCAGGGUAACAACGUCUAUGUCUUCCCCGGCCUUGGUCUCGGUGCUAUUCUCGCCAAGGCGACCAAGAUCACCGAUGACAUGGUGUACACGUCGGCCGAGUCUCUCGCCGGCUGUCUCAACGCUGAGGAGGUCCACAAGGGUCUCAUCUACCCCAAGAUCGAGCGCGUCCGUGACGCCUCCCUCGUUGUUGCUCGCGAAGUCAUGAAGGCCGCACGCCGUGACGGUGUUUCUGGUCUUCCCGAGUCUCAGUGGGUUGAGUGGGAGGAGUGGGGCGACGUCGCCCUCACGCAGUACAUCAAGGAGCGGAUUUACGAUCCCGUCAGCUUUGGUGGAAAGGGCCGUCUCUAG